AUGGCUUCGUCAUCUGCGGCAGCGGGGCUGCUGGCUCGCCAACUCAAGCAAAUGCAAAAUGACAAGAGUAUAUCGGGCAUUAGCUGCGGUCUGGUGGACAAUAAUGUGUUCGAGUGGGAGGUAAUGCUGAUGAUCGACGACGACACAAAGUUCUACGGAGGAGGUUUCUUCCGCGCGCGCCUCACCUUCCCCAGCGAAUACCCCCUCCUCCCUCCAAAGAUGCGCUUCGAGACACCCAUCUUCCACCCCAACAUCUACCAAAACGGCGAAGUAUGCAUCUCGAUCCUCCACCCACCCGAAGAAGACAAGUACGGCUACGAGUCCGCCGCAGAACGCUGGUCGCCCGUACAAACACCCGAAACGAUUCUUCUCUCCGUCAUUUCCAUGCUGUCGAGCCCGAACGACGAGAGCCCGGCGAAUGUGGAGGCGGCGAGCUUGUGGAGGGAUAAUACGCCCGAGUUCAAGAAGAGGGUGAGGAAGUGUGUGAGGGAUAGCUUGGAUUAUGAGUGA